UCCCUACGUAGAAUAUCUCCCUGCUUAAAUCCAACUUGCCGUCUGCACUGGGACACGGCUUUUCCCUUCUGCUUGGUAGUGCCAAAGGCCCAUCGAGACGUCUCGUCUGGAAACACAUGAGUUCUCUUUCCUGCUAAAGGCCGCCUCCUGAGUUCCUGCUUCCUGCUGAUGUCUGCCUCUUCUGAGGGUGUCAGUACUGGAACCUGCCAGGAGGAAGCCCAUCAUUCUACCACUUGUUGCCACAAUGCUGACUGCUCGCCUCUCCAGACCCCUGUCACAGCUCCCAGGGAAAGCCCUGAGUUUCUAUGAUAGAGAAAAUGGAGCAAGUCACACACUGCUGUUUUCCUCUACCUCUGCUCCUGUCAGGUGUCGAACUUACACAAAUCAGGUGAACCCGGUUGGCAGCAAGGCCGUCCUGAUCACAGGCUGUGACUCUGGGUUUGGGUUCACCCUGGCCAAUCACCUGUACUCACAAGGCUUCCUCGUGUUUGCCGGCUGCUUGCUGAAGCACAAAGGGGACAGUGGGGUCCAGAAGCUGGACAACUUGAGGAGCGACCGAUUGAGAACCAUCCAGCUCAAUGUCUGCAAAAGCGAGGAGGUAGAGGAAGCAGUGGAGGUCAUCCGCUCAAGCUUAAAGGACCCGGAGAAAGGGCUGUGGGGCCUGGUGAACAACGCGGGCAUCUCCACCUUUGGGGAGGUGGAGUUCACCAGCAUGGAGACCUACAAGGAGGUGGCGGAAGUGAACCUCUGGGGGACAGUGCGGACAACAAAGUCUUUUCUCCCCCUCAUCCGAAGGGCCAAAGGCCGCGUUGUCAACAUCAGCAGUGUGCUGGGCCGCAUGGCCAGCCUGGCCCGCUCCCCGUACUGCAUCACCAAGUUCGGGGUGGAGGCCUUCUCCGACUGCCUGCGCUAUGAGAUGCGGCCGCUGGGUGUGAAGGUGAGCGUGGUGGAACCCGGCAACUUCAUCCCGGGCACCAGCCUCUACAACCCUGAGCGCAUCCAGGCCAUUGCCAAGAAGAUGUGGGACGAGCUGCCCGAGGUGGUGCGCAGGGACUACGGCAGGAAGUAUUUUGACGAGAAGAUCGCCAGGAUGGAGAGCUACUGCAGCAGCGGCUCCAGGGACACGACCCCCGUCAUCAAAGCCGUCACACACGCCCUGACCGCCGCCACCCCCUAUACCCGCUACCACCCCAUGGACUACUACGGGUGGCUGCAGAUGCAGGUCAUGACCCACUUGCCCGCAGCAGUCUCUGACAAGAUCUAUGGACUCUGAAGAGUUUCUCGGUAGCCUCUCUCAGAGCCCUGAGGGAGGCAGACAGAAAAGGGGAGGGAGAAUGGGGAGGGAGGAGCUCCUGUAGUCACCUCUUGAUUACCUGCUUGUGGAUCAUCCACAGAAGUGUUCUAGGAAGACCCAUUACCAGCUUUAUUUAGCAUUAACCAGAGGGAGUAACCCAGCCUGACCUAUUUGCAUAGGGAGUGGUUUGAGCCUUCACAAACGGGUAUGUAGUGGCAGGCCAAACCAAAACCAAACCCACUGCCAGUGAGUCCAUUCUGACUCAUAGGGACCCUAUAGGACAGAGCAGAACUCCCCAGGGGGUUUCCAAGGCUGUAAAUCUUUAUGAAAGCAGACUGCCACAUCUUUCUCCCGUGGAGGCUGGUGGGUUUGAAUUGCUGACCUUUUCAGUCAGCAGUUGAGCACUUAACCACUGUGCCACCAGGGCUCCCUGUAGUGGCGGGCAGGUGCCUCUAAAUGUGGUGCAUCCAUCUUUCUGGAGUUUAUUUUAUACAAAGAUAUGGGGGAAACAACUUUAUGUUAAAAAAACAGAUUUAUUAAAGAACAGAAUCCAAAUUGCCUUAACAUUUUUAAGCCAUAACAUUGGUUCAAAAAAUUUAUCUCAUUUGAUCCUAAGACAGCCUCCUGAGUAAAACAAUACCUGUUUCUUCUGUACGUGAAGAAUUUGUGGCCCGAAGAGGAUACGUGAAUAACCCUUUUCCUGCUUGUAUGUGGAACGCCUGGACUUGAACCCAGGUCUUUUGGGUCCAGGUUCUGUGUUCCUGCAGACACUUCGCAUUGUGCGUUCCGGGGCUGCUUUGGAUGUACUUAUCCAAGACUGCUCUGGCUGAAUGUGUCCUCGACUGAGGCACGCACACCAAGUGCCUGCUGUAUGCCCUCUUUGCAUGUCCGUGGUGCUGUGACAGCAGGUGAUUCAGGGCUAACUGUAUGGAGGGGGCAGGACCAUUCUGGAGCUUUUCCACUGGGGAUUUUUCAGAUCUCUUUUAGGACUUUGGAUAGACUUGUGUGGAGGUGCUCGUUGCUACAAGGGCAGUUUGUUUCCGGUUUGGGUCUGUUUGGUUCGGCCUGGGGUGGAAACAGGUAUUGAUGAGGCAUCCUUGGCAGGAGCCUUGGUGCUAAAACCAGGCCCUGUGGCACCUUGUCCCCCAGGGUGGCUACCUGUGUGAUGCUCACACACACAUCUGUUUCUUGAUGGCCACCUUCCUGCUGUGACCUUAUGUUUAACGAAGCCAGGUCUCUCAUAGGCAGAGUCUGCACCCUCACU